AUGCCGCGUCAGGUGCUUAGCAGGUUUCGUCAAAAGCUGGUAAAAAGACGUCCGCUGGAGAAAGAAGUGUAUGAGUAUAGAUUUGGCAUAAAACUGAGCACUCUGGAUUUAGUGGCACUGGGUGUGGGCCGCACAGUGGGUAUCGGUGUGUACUUCCUGGCUAAUGAGGUGGCUGGUAAUCAAGCAGGACCAUCCACUGUGAUCUGCUUUUUGGUGGCAGGUCUAACAUCACUGUUGGCUGGGCUGUGCUAUGCGGAGUUUAGUGCCCGGGUCUCCCAUUCUGGCUCGGCAUAUCUCUACAUCUACGUCACUGUAGGUGAACUGUGGGCUUUCAUCACUGGCUGGAACCUCAUCCUCUCCUUUGUUGUUGAUGCAUUCAUUGUGGUCCAGGCCUGGAUCUUAACUUUUGACAGCUUCAUUGGGAACCGGAUCUCUGAGACCCAGCAAGAGACCAUCUCACAGUAUGUUCCCCAAGUCAUUGCAGACAAUCUAGGCUACUUUUUUGUCAUCUUUCUGUUUUUGUUCACGGAACUGCUGUCUAUGGGUCGGCUUGGCUUCCUCAGAGUUUUUGAAGGGUUUACUUUGGUGAAGCUUUUGGUUCUCAGCUUUUGCAUCAUCUCUGGCUUCAUUAAGGGGGACCUACACAACUGGAAGCUCACAGAAGAGGACUACAUACAGGCCGGACUCAAUGAUACCUCUCGCUUGGGCCCUCUGGGCUCUGGAGGAUUCAUGCCUUUUGGCUUUGAGGGCAUUCUCCGUGGAUCAGCUACCUGUUUCUAUGCAUUUAUAGGUUUCAGCGUUAUUGUUACCAGAGUCAAAGAAUCCCACAAUCCCCAGCGUUCCAUCCCCAUGGGCAUUGUGAUUUCACUGCUCAUCUGCUUUUUUGUGUAUUUUGGUGUCUCUGCAUCACUUACACUCAUGGUUCCUUACUACCAGCUUCAACCUGGGAGCACCUUGCCUGAGGCAUUUCUCCAUAUUGGCUGGGUCCCUGCAUACUAUCUUGUAGUUUUUGCAAUUUUUGGUAGUUUUUUUGUUGGCCUCUAUUUGGGCUUUACGUUCCCCAUACGUCAGGUGGUAUACAUGAUGGCAGAGGAUGGUCUCCUCUUCCCAGUCCUUGCCAAGUUCAUUUACAACACAUAUGGCCGUAUCUUGUCCACUCUAAUCCUUGGCAUUAUCACAGCAAUCGUGUUAUUCUUCUUUGGACUCACUGAUCUUCUGGAUCUGAGGUCAGUUGGGACCCUGAUAUCCUAUUCCCUGGUAGCUUUUUGUGUUCUUACUGUCAGGUACCAGAUUGAGAGGAGGAAGGAGGAAAAUGAAGAAGAGCUGCAGGAGGAGGAUGGGGGAAAUGUAGCGCAGAUGCAGGAGAAGACCGCACCUGCAGCAGAGAAGCUGACUCUACAAGGAGUAUUUUUUCCAGACAGCCUCACCCCCACUCCACUCUCUGGCCGGGUUGUCUAUGUUUGCUCCUCACUGCUGGUUCUGCUGAUGACUCUCCUCUCCCUGGUGCUGGCCCACUGGCCAGGUCUGCUUUCUGGAGACCCAGGGCCGAUCACAGUGGUUGUGCUGCUUCUGGUGCUCAUCACUGGGAUCACUGGGGUCAUCUGGAGACAGCCUCAGAGCUCCUCUCCCCUUUCCUUUAAGGUCCCUGCUCUUCCUCUCCUCCCACUCCUGAGCAUCUUUAUGAAUGUUUGCCUUAUAAUGCAGAUGUCAGCUGGCACCUGGCUCAGAUUUGGUGUCUGGAUGCUGAUCGGGUUUGUUUUCUACUUCAGCUCUGGGAUCCAGCAAAGCCGGGUAGCUUAA